AUGAAUUUAAACAAGUCGUAUGUAGAGAAAGUGAUUAAAUUGGAAACAUUGGAAACAAUAUGGAUUCACCAUUUAGGGUUUUUGGAGAUGAUUGCACAAUAGAAUGGAAUCAGGUUCUACUACUCUGAAAAUUUGAUUAUUUUGAGAGGUAUUUGUUUCUUUGUUAAUAAGGUGAUGCAAUUUAGUGCGAGAAUGCCGCUUAAAGAAUUUAUCAAAUUCUUGAUGAAGAUUUCAUCAUGCAGAUUGAAGUAUUUCAGAGUGACAAUGAGAUCCAACCUUUUCAUUAAUUAUUUUAAUAAGACUAAUAUCUGGAGUUAUGCGAUAAAAACGAAGGGUUCUGGAUUUAUUCACAAUACUCACUCAAAAAUUAGAUUGUAUCCAUGAAAAAUAUAGGAUAUCACCCUAUUGAACCUGAUCUACCAAUGCAUUUUCUUAUAACUUGGUUUCCACUAAGAAAUAUGCUCUAAAUUUAAGAAUGGAUCUUCAAAAUGACUGGUUAUAAAUAUAACUAAUAGAGGUUGAAAGAAAAAUUCAAAUUCCAUUAACAAUAUAGAAUUACUGCCCUGGAAUCCUUGUCCAUAUAUCUCUAUUUGAAUGUCUAAGAAAUCAUGACUCAAUUCUAACUCAUUAUAGAACUAUCUCAGAUAUCAAAUGAAUUUUACUUGGUUAUCAAAGCAAAUAAUACUCACUCUAUUGAAGAGGGAUGUCGGAUCUUGGAGAAUCACCUGGUAAACACAAGGUUCUGGCCUAUACCUAAUUUGAGGACGAAGUUGAGUUCAAAUGAUCUCUUUUUAUUGGAGAGCACCAUCAUUGAUUAAGUCUCAACUUCACCGAGAAUUAAGAUUUUUUCAUCUGAUGAGGUGUUAAUUGAAUCAAAGAGUUUAGAGAAAUAAUUUAAUAUAAAUUUGAAAAGUGUGAUUCAUAAAUACAGUAUAUAUUUAUUGGAUUGAUUUAGGCUCCAAUUCAAUAUUUGUUUGUGCUGAUGAGAAUUUGGAAGCUGAAAUAACAGAUACAAUUAUCUAAACACUCAGUAAACCACGGAACAAUCUUAGAACAGAUAAGGACAUCAAAUUUUGUACAUAAUUCUGUUACAACGAGAGUUCAAACAAGGGAAUUCCAAAUAAAAAUAAUCAAAAAAAAAAAGGAUUUCCAGUUAUGAAACAAAAAACGUGUUAGAGGGAUCCAUUUCAGUUUUAUGAUUAAACCUAGUUUGAGUAGUCAUAACACUCAAAAAAAAAAACCUAAUAAUAGAAAACCUAAUCAUAAAACAUCUAAUAAUAAACAAUCUCAUACUAAUAAAUUAGCAAUUAUACUUAUAUGGAGGAUAUUGUAAAGAAUGAUGAUUCAAAUAAUUAAUAGGAUCUACCAUUAAAAUAUUAUAAAAAAAAUACGAAUAUACAGAAUUUUCCACAAAUGACCAAAAAUAUGAAGUGCAGCAAGAAAGAAUAAAAGAGAAAACAACAAGUAUAUGUAAAUCAAAAGGAGGAUAUCUCUAUGAAUUUUGAUCAUUUAUCAGUAUCUCAAAAUCUUCAAAAUAGUUUUAUAUACGAAUAUACCUAGUAUUAAGAUUAGGACAAUUCUUCUUAACUUUUACAAGUAGAAGAUCUAAAUAAGACAAUAAGAUGCUAAGUGAUUAAAAUGGAACUAAUGAAAUAUUAGAUAAUUUAUACACAGAGUAACCUAUAAAAUGGUAAGAAAUUUAACUUCUAAGAAUUAAAGCAUUCCUUCGAAGAAUUUCUAAACAUAUAUUAUAAUUUGCAACAUGAAAUUGUGUUAGAAUUUUCUGUUGACUGGAUAAAAAUGAAUAUUAAAUGUAAAUAAUAAGAAGAGGUCAAUCAGAUAAAAUAAAUUUUCCACAACUAUUUUUUGUAGUAGAUGUAUUAUGUAACCCAAUACUCAACUCAAGCGUAGAAUUUAAUUGAUAAUUUGAAAAAAAAUUGCAAAGUAGAAUACUUCCUAACUAAAACGGAGUUAUCGGAAUUUUUGAAUGAAAAAUAAUUUAGAGAGUUGCAGUAGAUUAAUGAUGGCUAGUAGGUGGCAAUCAAAGUCAGCAAUUACUCCUACCGACAACAUCAAUUCUUGAAGGCGAGGUUUGAUGAAUACAUCAAUCAAUAGUCUUCAAAUGAGGACUCUUCAAUCUCACUUGUCAUAAGCAGCAAGAAGGUAAUUAUCAUAUCUGAGGAUUAAUUAAAAUAUUUAGAAAGAGAAUUCCCAAGUUUGGAGGCAUCGUAAUUGAGAAAGUUUAAGGAUUACUUCAAGAUGGCCUUCUAUUUUGUGUAGGUUGAGGAUAUGGAAGAAAUGCUUGAGAAGGCGAAAGUUGAAUUUAAGAGGAUGAAUUCUAUAUAUAUUAAGGCAAAGGUGUAAAAGAAGAGGCAGGACAAUAAGAAUCAAUGGAUGAAGGAGAUUAGUAAUGAUCAACAUUGGAAAGCUUCAAAACUGUAUUGUUACAGUAUGAUGGAGGCGUUUAAUACUGAAUUACUUAAUGAUAUAAUUGAUAUUUAAAUGAAUAUAGAAGAAUAUUAAGCUAAUUAGAAUUUAUCAAUGUAUUAUGAAGCAACCAUAGAGUUGGGCGAUAGAAAAUUGAAUCCCAGCGAUCCUGAUAGUAUUGGGAACUUGUUAUUUGAAUCGGAUUUUAAAUGUAAAAUAAAAUAGCAUAAAAACUAUAGUUGUACCGAAACUAAGCGAUUAGCCCAAAGGGACAUUUAUCACCCUCUGGAUUCGUAAUGAGAAGGAUAUAUUGAGUUUAAAGCAAAUGAUUUAAAAAAACAAAAUCCUUCCAAGGUAUUUGAUUGCUAUUUAUAUUAUUGUAGAGGUUAUUUCCAGAAAAAGUGAUAAUAUAAAUAUUAUCA